AUGAUGCGCUGUUACGGCCGAGAACUAUGCGCCAUUAUCGCGCGUCUUCUGGAUCAUGCAAAGAUCCCUCAUGUCCUCUGGAACGAGUACAUGCUAUCUGCCUAUGGUGCCUUUACACAAGAGCCCCACGACAUAUCCUUCAUCAUCCCAAACAGACUGAUCGACGCUGCGUAUCGAACUCUACAAGCAGCAGGAUUCACAACCUGUCCCGAGAGCCACAUCGAAGCUUGCCCGCGCUUCCAAUGUCCCGAAGACGGCAUGAUACCAGCAAGGCACUUCCAUAUCGCGAGCUACUGGAUUGUUCCCGCGCGUACAUACUACCUGAAACUAUACAGGCACGCAGAAACCCUCUUCUCAUUCCCCGAACCCACUUUGAACGAACCGUCCCGACACGACAAGUACUACAUGUCAACCAGGGACGAACGUCUCCCUACUCAGAUCGAGCCACUGCACGACGAGAGGUCAAUGUUAUACGUCGAGCUCAAUGAAAGAGCAUAUAGAGACCCCUACGAGCUGGAAAGAUAUAAAAUCAAGAUCCCGAACCUCACUAUGGCCAUUCACGCUCUCAUCCUCUUACGCUGCCGAGACGAGGGCUAUAAUAGCCAUUGUGAUGAUGAUUGGUAUCGCAUGCUAUCUUCUAUUCGCUGGUAUGUUGUUCAGCGGGGUAAAAUGCAGAUUGACAGGCUGGAAGCGGUCAUCCAGCCGAUUUGGGAUAACUUGGAACAGCAGUAUGGGAAUCUUUGGAUAAGAGCUCUGCGGAAGAAGCUGAAGAGGGAGAGAGUCCUACCGCUUCCUUCUGUUGAUCGGAAUUGUAGGUGCUUUCGCGAUUUGGAUGAGUGA